UCCCCCCUCCCGGCCCGCGCCCCCCGGCCGGCGCCCCCACCUUCGGGCCCGGCAGGAAGUGACAGGCCACGAGCGCGCCCCCAGGCCCGGCCGAGCUGCGGCCGGGAGGGGCGGGGAGCCGCGGCCGCGCCGGGCACCUCCCAGCCCGCCCUGGGCGCCCCCGCCCCUCCAGGAAGGGGAGGAGGCGAGGGGAGCCCGCCGCCGAGGCCGAGUGAGCCCCCUGCCCAGCCUGGAGACUCAGGGUGGGGGUCGGGGUCGGGGUGGGGGGACCCCGACUCAUGAGGCGGACGCCCCCCAGGAGCCCUUGGGCGCGUAGCCGGGCGCGAAGGUUUUGAGUCAGAGCAUCAUCCUUGGGGGCCUGGAACGCUACCAUGGAGACUGAGAGCGAGCAGAACUCUGGCUCCACCAGCGGGGGUUCCAGCUCCGGAGGCAGCUCUCGGCCCCAGAUAGCACAGAUGUCCCUGUAUGAGCGCCAGGCAGUGCAGGCUUUGCAGGCCCUGCAACGUCAGCCCAAUGCAGCUCAGUAUUUCCACCAGUUCAUGCUCCAGCAGCAGCUCAGCAAUGCCCAGCUGCACAGCCUGGCCGCCGUCCAGCAGGCCACAAUUGCUGCCAGUCGGCAGGCCAGCUCCCCAAACACCAGCACAGCCCAGCAGCAGACCACCACUACCCAGGCCUCAAUCAAUCUGGCCACCACGUCGGCUGCCCAGCUCAUCAGCCGAUCCCAGAGUGUGAGCUCUCCCAGUGCUGCCACUCUGACCCAGUCUGUGCUUCUAGGGAACACCACCUCUCCGCCCCUCAACCAGUCCCAGGCCCAGAUGUAUCUACGGGUAAACCGGACCCUGGGCCGGAAUGUGCCUCUAACCUCCCAACUCAUCCUGAUGCCUAACGGGGCGGUGGCUGCAGUCCAGCAGGAGGUGCCAUCUGCUCAGUCUCCGGGAGUCCAUGCAGACGCAGAUCAGGUGCAAAACUUGGCAGUGAGGAAUCAACAGGCCUCAGCCCAAGGACCCCAAAUGCAAGGCUCCACUCAGAAGGCCAUUCCUCCUGGAGCCUCCCCUGUGUCUAGUCUCUCACAGGCCUCUGGUCAGGCCUUAGCUGUGGCUCAGGCUUCCUCUGGGGCCGCAGGCCAGUCCCUGAACCUUAGUCAGGCUGGUGGAGGCAGUGGGAAUAGUAUUGCAGGACCCCUGGGGCCAGGAGGAGGUGGCCAGCCACCGGGGGCUUUGGGUCAGUUGCCUUCCUCAGGACUGGGUGGUAGUGGGAGUUGUCCCAGGAAGGGCACAGGAGUAGUACAGCCCUUACCUGCAGCCCAGACAGUGACUGUGAGCCAAGGCAGCCAGACAGAAGCAGAAAGUGCAGCGGCCAAGAAGGCAGAAGCAGAUGGGACAGGUCAGCAGAACGUGGGCAUGAACCUGACCCGUACAGCAACACCUGCUCCCAGCCAGACCCUCAUUAGUUCAGCCACAUACACACAGAUCCAGCCUCACUCGCUGAUCCAGCAGCAGCAACAGAUCCACCUCCAGCAGAAACAGGUGGUGAUCCAGCAGCAGAUCGCCAUCCACCACCAGCAGCAGUUCCAGCACCGGCAGUCGCAGCUCCUGCAUACGGCCACGCACCUCCAGCUGGCACAGCAGCAGCAGCAACAGCAGCAGCAGCAAACCCCCACGCUCACCGCCCCUCAGCCCCCACAGGUCCCACCCACUCAGCAGGUCCCACCUUCCCAGACCCAGCAGCAAGCCCAGACCUUGGUUGUUCAGCCUAUGCUACAAUCGUCACCCUUGUCGCUCCCACCUGAUCCCACUCCCAAGCCAACCAUUCCAAUCCAGUCCAAACCACCUAUAGCACCCAUCAAGCCUCCUCAGUUAGGGGCCGCGAAGAUGUCCUCGGCCCAGCAGCCGCCACCCCACAUCCCUGUGCAAGUUGUGGGAAGCAGGCAGCCAGGCAGUGCCCAGGCACAGGCUUUGGGCUUAGCUCAGCUGGCAACAGCCAUGCCUGCUUCCCGGGGCAUGGCAGGCACAGUGCAGCCUGGCCAGGCCCAUUUGGCCUCCUCACCACCAGUGUCCCAGGCUCCGGGCACACUGCAGGAGUGCCCCCCCACAAUGGCCACAGGGAUGACCCUUGGGCCAGUUCAGGGGACAGCCCACGUGGUGAAGAGUGGGGCUACCACCUCGCCUGUUGUUGCCCAGGUCCCUGCAGCCUUCUACAUGCAGUCUGUGCACCUGCCGAGCAAACCCCAGAUGUUGGCUGUCAAACGCAAAGCUGAGUCUGAGGAGGAGAGAGACGAUGUCUCCACAUUGGGGUCAAUGCUCCCUGCCAAGGCAUCUCCAGUAGCAGAGAGCCCAAAGAUCAUGGAAGAGAAGAGCAGUCUUGGAGAGAAAGUUGAACCAGUGACCAGUGUAAAUAAUACUCAAAGCAGUGAACUAGUAGCCUUGGCCCCAGCUCCAUCAGUCCCACCUCCCACACUCACCAUGAUUUCCAGGCAGAUAGGUGAUUCCAAACCCCCCCAGGCCAUUGUGAAGCCCCAGAUCCUCACCCACAUCAUUGAAGGCUUUGUUAUCCAGGAAGGAGCGGAACCUUUCCCUGUGGGUUGUUCUCAGAUACUCAAGGAGUCUGAGAAGCCACUACAGAUGGGCCUCUCCACAGGACCGAGUGAGAAUCAGCCAGGUGUCCGAACAGACAGCCCACCUGCAGAAUUAGAGAAGAAGGCCAGCCUCCUCAAGUGUGAGUACUGCGGCAAGUACGCCCCUGCGGAGCAAUUUCGUGGUUCCAAGAGAUUCUGCUCUAUGACCUGUGCUAAGAGGUAUAAUGUGAGCUGUAGCCACCAGUUCCGACUGAAGAGGAAAAAAAUGAAGGAGUUUCAGGAAGCCAAUUAUGCCCGAGUUCGCCGGCGUGGACCUCGCCGCAGCUCCUCAGACAUUGCCCGUGCCAAGAUCCAGGGCAAACGCCACCGGGGUCAAGAGGACUCAAGCCGGGGUUCAGAUAAUUCCAGUUACGAUGAAGCACUCUCUCCAACAUCUCCUGGGCCUUUGUCAGUGAGAGCUGGACAUGGAGAUCGAGACCUGGGGAACCCCAACACAGCUCCACCGACGCCAGAAUUACAUGGGAUCAAUCCUGUGUUCCUCUCUAGUAAUCCCAGCCGUUGGAGUGUAGAGGAGGUGUAUGAGUUUAUUGCUUCCCUACAAGGCUGCCAAGAGAUUGCAGAAGAGUUUCGCUCCCAGGAAAUUGAUGGACAGGCCCUUUUAUUACUUAAAGAAGAACAUCUCAUGAGUGCCAUGAACAUCAAACUGGGCCCUGCCCUCAAGAUCUGCGCCAAGAUAAAUGUCCUCAAGGAGACCUAAGGAAGCCCUCUUAUGCAGCCAGCCCAAGGCAGAUGAUACUCCCCACCAUCCAGGUGAUACUUAGCACCAGCAGAGUCUUCACUGGGAUGAGCUUUCCUAAAGACCUGUGCCCACAGAGGGGAUUACUUUGACAGUGAAGGAAAAAGUCCAAGAACUGGUUGCUGGUGCUAUACAGUGGCAGCUUUGCUAUUUUCUCUGGGUUCUACUUUUUAAAAAUCUUUACAGUUCUCUUACCCUAACCCAAUCAUUAUAAAAGAGGCAGUCUAGAGAACUACAGCUGCCAAGCCUUACCCUGGAGUGGCGUGUCUGGCUGGGACCUCCCAGUCCCUGAGAGAAUACAGUGUGGUGGGUAUGUCAAGGUGCUGGGGGAGCCAUAGGUAGCCCCCACCCAGUGCAAGAGGUGGAGUUCCUCUAGCUUGUGUGAUGCAAGUAGCAAAAUCUGGCAUUCUCUUGGGACUGUCCAGCAGUAGCUGUGGCCCAUUCUUCUCCACUGUCACUCCCUUAUCGUUGAACACUUCCUCCUGCUUACACAGCAGGCUCACCAGCCAUUUGAAACCUGGUUGGCAUCAUUCUGAUUUGCUGCAGGGAAUUAAAGUGUGGCAGUUAUUGUUCUUUCUUCAAUCCCCAGCCCCAUUCCACUUAAUCUGUUGUCUUCUACUCUACCUUUUCAGUUCCCAGUUCCACCUCUACUGUCUGUCUAUAGCUUUAUAAAACUUGAGCGUGUGGGGCCAAGGUCAGGAGUGUAAGUACCUGCCUUAGGCACCAUUCCUUAUACAAAUAUUAAAUAUUUUUUUUCCUCCUCAGUAAAAAGGUGAAAUUCA